UAGUACAUUUCUGUCUGGCUAUUACAAAAUUUUCUAAAUUUAAACCUAAAAAUUUUCCGCACAAAAUUUAUUUCAAAAUUCUUCCAACUCUUGAAACAAAAAUGUUAAACAAAAGGAAGCUGGAACCUUUAACACCCACCAAACAAAUACUAAAAUGCAGCCAACAACUAAAUUGCCAAAUUCCUUUGAAUUCCAUGGAAAAAUGUCAAUAUAAAUCAUGUCAAACAGACAAACACAAAGAAAUGCCAGAGAUUAAAUGUAAACAUCUUGAAAAAAUCGAUAAAUAUUGGAGUGAAUUUCUAAAGGCUCAACAAGAAUCAACGGCCAAUUAUGUGUAUAAACUACAAAUAUUUGGAAAUGCUAAAGAUCCUACAUUGGUGAAGAAAGAACCCGUGUCUUGGGAAUCUAUAAAUCAGCGGGUAUUACAUAUGCCGUUUGUGGGAGGUCUUUUAAAAUCCGAUAUGUUUUAUUUGUUAAGUUUCCUGCUAAAUCUAAUGAAAGUAUCCCCUCAAAAGCAACAGGAAUAUAUGGAAUAUUUGCAGGAUCAGGGUUUUUUAAAUGGGGAAUUAUUAAACUAUUUAGAAAUGAUGGCCAGGCAGCCCAAUGCGGGUUUAAAUGACAAGCAGUUAAAGGAGUUUCAACAAAUUUUACAAAACUUAAGGGCCCGAGUUAAUGGCUGUGAUAAGCUUAAUUACUUUAAUGCAGAACAUAUUUUCUUAAAGUCUAUAAACGAAAUUAAUCCUUAUGAAUUGGAGUAUUUAAAUAGCGUGCUUCUUAACAGUGGCAAACUCAACUCUCAGCAAUUUAUGUAUUUGGCCAGAUUUGUAGACAGAUUGCAGGCUAUGGACAGCAACAAACGAGAACAAUAUCUAAAAGCUUUGCAAAACAAGAAAAUAUUGCCUUUUUCCAGGUUUGAAACUCUAUUAGCUUUUAUGCUUAGCAAAGCGAAAAGAUUUGAACAACUUAAACUAAAACUUUUGCUCAAGGAAUUGCUGACAAUAAUGGACCUGGGUCCUUGUGUUGAAGACACACAGCCACCAACAAAAGUAAAGUCCCAACCUUUGGCAAUACACAUUGACUACAAUGUAAUCGAUAAGGCUUUGUAUCAUCUGAUGAGAACUCGCAUACCGAACAUUGUCAGGGUAACUGAAUUGAAAAACUUUCUCAAGGAUUUAAUGCUGGUGCAUGCAGAUCAAAUUGUGGAGAAUUUGAUUAAUUUAAAAAGCUCAAAUGUCUUGACUACAGAACGUUUGAAAUAUAUAGAACAUUUUAUAGUUUCAGGGAAAUUGGGUAAAGUGGAGAGAGAUAAAAAGAAAUUCCUAUUAAAGUUGAUACAAAAAGUAGCUGAGCUUCCCUUAAAUCCGGCAGGGGUUGUGACUAAUUUGGUUAUACCCGCUAGUAAGGGUCCAAUAAAUGAGAAAUCAGAUGUUCAAGCUAGUAAAACUAAUGAGAUUGUAACAGAACCAGCUAAAACAUAUGAAGAUGGAACUAAACAUGAGUCUAAUGAAAGGCAGUCUAGGAAAUCAGCUAAGAGAGCCAGCAAGAAUUCCAAGAAAAAAGCAGGAAAGAAAAAGAAAUAAAGGCAGUUUAAAGGGAAAGAAGUUCUUCCUAAGCAAAGGACAAAUUUUCUAAACCUUUUGAAACACUUUUAACAUCUCUUCUCAAUAAAAAGAAACCCUUCUCCAACAUGCUACCCUGAAUUUGUUUUAUUCCUUUUUAAUCAAUUUACUUUAAAACCUCAAAUAAAUUUUAAUUUUUCCCAAAUAAAAUCCCAAACAAAUUUUCUUUCGUUACCAAAAUCUACAAAAUUUUCUGUUUCUUUUUUAAAUUAUUUCUUGAAAUGACCUCACCUAGCACCAAGUAUAAUGCUAGCAUCAAGCAAAUACCUUUGCUAAAUUCCGCCGAAACUAAACCUUUACACAUUGAAGAGAUCAAGACAAAACGCAGCUUACUCGAUGCCGCUUAUCCCCCCAAAGCAAUCCGUUUGGAGUUUUUGCAAAGAAAGCCACGACAGGAAAAGCUUAAUUUUAUUGUCAGCAUAAAGGAGGGCAAGUUGGUGAAGAAAUGAGGCAAGAAAAAGCAAUAACUGGAGGAAAGGCUACAAAUUAAUAGCAAGCAUAGGGAAUGUAGAUUUCGUCUAAAGAUUUAAUAAAUUGUCUGAGGAGAAUGUCUACUGUGGGGUCAGAAAAAGCCUCAAAA